CUGGAUAAAUAAACCUAUAUGAAUUUCCACAGAAUUUUCACACUGCUUUGAAUAACAGAAUUGAGCACAACAAACUACUUAGUUUGGGGACUCUUUUGAAGGAACAGUAUUACCUAUUCCAUCUGAUACUCUUACAUUACCUUCUUAAUAGAGGAAACUACCAGCUUUCAAGUCUAGUAAAGAAAUGCGAGUUGAAAAAUGUAAAGUUAUUAACUAUUCCAAAAGCUGAAGCAUAUUUUCGUUCCCUUGCUUUCAUUAAACAUGCGUAGAUUCCAGAAUAGACUAAUAAUUAAAGGAAGGUACCAUCCCAUUUCUUUUUCAGAAGAAUCUGACACCACCUCUUCAUUGCACUUCAAGCGCUGUGAAAACACUUUCUCGCUUUUCCAGCCAAAAGAAGCAUAAGUCUCAGCUCCUUUUUGUAAUGAUUUCAUCAUUGCCACUGUCAGCAGUAACUUAAGUGAAAGAAAGUGAAGUCGCUCAGUGGUGUCCGACUCUUUGCGACCCCAUGGACUGUAGCCUACCAGGCUCCUCUGUCCACGGGAUUUCCCAGGCAAGAUUACUGGUGUGGGUUGCCAUUUACUUCUCCAGGGGAACUUCCUGACCCAGGGAUCGAACCCGAGUCUCCAGUAAUUUAACACACACCUAAUUUAAAUUUAGGUACGUACUGAGAUGGAUGCUGUAUUAGCUACACAUACACACAAAUCAGUCUUGUACAAACUGCCCACGAAGGCCUAAUACAAAUUUAUCUAUUCACUGAAUAACCCUGUAUGCUCUCCAGGGUUCCUGUGAACUCUUAAAUGCAUAGAAAUCUAUUCCGAAAGCAUUCAAUAAAAUAAUCUGUAAGGAGUUAAAGGAUUUCUGGCUUAGAGUCAGGAUCAAGACGAUAAAGUCCUGCAGAAUUCCAUUACAAAAGUCAAUUCUCCAAAGCCUGUCUGACUUCAUUUCGAGUAAAAGAGAAGAAUGAACUCCUCCUUGAGAGUUAAGCAUCGCUGACUAGAAGUGAGCAAGUCCAGGUGUGGCUCUGGAAAGACGCCACGUUGCUAUGGCAACUUGAAUCGCCAUUUUAGGUCUUGCGGCCUCCCGCCCAAGCGUCACUUCCGGUGUUACCUGUGUGGUGAUCGGGAGCCGUAAACAAGGUGUGCAAACUUCUGGAGACCUGUCGGGAUGCAGCAGAGCGGGGUUCCUGGAAGCCGUGGCUGCGCUCUGUGCCCACUACUGGGUGUCUUGUUCUUCCAGGGUGUUUAUGUCGUCUUUUCCCUGGAGAUUAAAGCGGAUGCCCAUGUCCGGGGUUAUGUUGGAGAAAAUAUCAAGUUGAGAUGCACCUUCAAGUCAUCCUCUUCUGUCACAGACAAACUCACCAUAGACUGGACAUACCGACCUCCGAGCAGCAGUCGCACGGAAUCAAUUUUUCAUUAUCAGUCUUUCCAGUACCCAACCACAGCGGGCACUUUUCGGGAUCGGAUUUCCUGGGUUGGGGAUGUAUACAAAGGGGAUGCAUCCAUUAGCAUAAGCAAUCCUACCAUGAAGGACAAUGGGACAUUCAGCUGUGCUGUGAAAAACCCCCCGGACGUGCACCAUAAUAUUCCGGCGACAGAGCUGACAGUCACAGAAAGGGGUUUCGGCACGAUGCUGUCCUCUGUGGCCCUUCUUUCCAUUCUUGUCUUCAUUCCCUCAACUGUAGUGGUGAUUCUGCUACUGGUGAGAAUGGGAAGGAAGUCUGCGGGGCUGAAGAAGAGGAGCAAGUCUGGCUAUAAGAAGUCGUCUAUUGAGGUUUCAGAUGACACUGACCAGGAAGGGGAUGACUGCAUGGCGAAGCUUUGUGUUCGUUGUGCCGAGUGUGUGGAUUCAGACUAUGAAGAGACAUAUUGAUGGAAGUUUCAUGAUAGAAGAAGAGUCACCUAACAACAGAAAAUGUCCCGUCCCACUGGCAGCUAAAGCCUCGCAGAGAAGUGGAGCUGGCAUGGACAGUAAUUGUGGAGAAUCCUGGAAGUCAUCAGUAAAGACUUUAGGAGUGACUUAUUUAUUGAAGAAAUAUUCUUUUUGUAUUUAUAAACUGUUCAAAAACUCUCAGAAGAGACUCAUAACUACCCCUGUUAAUACCUUAUACUCAAUUGAAUGAAGGAAUUCUUUUCCUAAAUAGAAAAAUAACUUUUUGUUUAGUCUUUGCUCUUGAAUAUAUUACAUGUUUUCUUCCAGUUUUUAUGAGGGAGAAUCCUAGAUGUUGGCCACACUGCUGAUACCUCUCUCUCUCUCUCUCUCUCUCUAUAUAUAUAUAUAUAUAUAUGUAUGUAUUUAAUGAAAUGGAUCUUAGAGCUUCCUGAUGUGCUCCUGGACAAAAUGUUUUUUGGGGAUAGUUAUUCUUUGUUUUUUGCUCCAUGAAUAUUUUCAGCUGUGAGUUGGUAUACAGCAUAUACUCAUUGGUUUAAUUAUCUCAUCAUCAGUUGUGUUUGGGAGGCUUGGAGUGUAUAACCCCAGUUUUUUAGAGAUGGUAGGAUUGGGAGUCAGUAGUUUAUUUGACUGAAUUUUUAAAGUAUUCAAGUGUCAACAAUUUACAAUUAAGAAAUGCUGAGAUGGAAGGGUUCCCUUCUUUUUCUCACUAGGUGCAAUUUGUUAUUUUACUUUCUUACAGCUGAGUGGUUUAUGGUUUCCUUCUUGACCUUUCAGAUCAGAGGCAAGAAAAACUGUUCAUAGGGUUUUUAGUGGGGAUAAGUAGAAUAACUUUACCAGUUAUUUGCAAUGAAAUCAUCUUUUAACCUAUGCUGUUCUUAAAAAUUUUCUUCUAAAAUGCAGAAAAUAUGAGUGAAAGAAGGUAUUUAUAAAUCCUUUUUUGCAUAAUAUUUGAGAUAAGGAAGUGAGGGUGUAUACAACUUAUACUUCCUUCUUCUGUUCUCUCGAUACUUUCUAUCAACUUCCUCCAUUCUACUGCACCACAUUAUUUCAAAUAUUAAUUUACAUGGGAUUUCCUAUAAGCCAUUAAGAAGUAUGUAUGACAUAUCAGGAAGGGUUGACUGUCUAGUCCUCUGUAAUAGAGGGAUAGAGUUUGCUUCUUAAUUAUGAGAGACAAAAAAUGUCUCUCAUAAUUUGAUUUUUUUUAACAGGAUAGCCCCUUUCUGUGAUUCUUUGCUAGGUGACUCAGGAGGUUUCUAUAUUAUAGCACAAUGCACUGUAUGCUAUACAAAAGUCACUUUUAUAUUUUUUUGCCAAGACCUAUUUUUAAAAAUUUAGGUUAUUCCGUCUCAUAGAUUUGGCCUGGCCUUUUAUGUUAAUCUAGUCCAUUAAUGAGAGAGUCUGAUUAGUUAAUAGAUAUUACGAUUUACCUCUGAUCAUAUAAGAAAGAAGAGGCAGAAGCAAGAUUGUCAGUCUGCAUCUUCAGUGGUUAAAUCUCACAGUCUUGAGCUACUUGUUAAGUAUGCGGUUGUCUGGGGCCAAUCUAGUGAGACAGUCUAGUCUGACACCUCAACGCAGAAAGGAAAACAGUUUGAGCAACAAGAGUAGAUAAUUUGGGCUCUGGGACAUUUAAAGAUAGAGAUCUAGUUAUGAGAUAGACUUCUUGUGGGUCCUCAUUCUUUGAGAAAGAGAUGAUGUUACAGGAACCCAGGUAAAGUUAUAUCCCAUUCAAUGAGGGACCAGUUUUGACUUGAGUUUUCUGGCAGUUUCCUUUCAGGCAUGUUAUAAGGAUUCAUCCAGCGGGAUAUGUUUAUCACUUUAGGUAAAUAGUGCUAUGUGAAUGCCUGGUCAUGUUAUUUUGUAGCCUUGAUUAUGGUUUGAAUCAGUCCCUUCCUUUUUAAGUGACCAAAUGAUGAAAUCCUUCAGGGUAGGAGAGUAAGUUGACCACUAGUCUGCUCCAUGGGUUUGUGGUCACAUCACAGUCUUAAGGUUGCUCUCAGGCUCCUUCUUCAGCCCUUUUAUUGGGGUCUGAGUUACAGCUUUUUUCAGAGAAACACAAAGCAGUGUUUGGAUACCUGCCUUUUAAGGAUGAAAGGAAAAUAAAGUGUUUUUUUUUAAACUUACUGUUUUAAUAUUUUCUAAGGUGCUAUUCUCUUUUUAUUUUUUUCAUUUUACUUUUCCAUGAGUUCUUAUUACACUUUAUGGAGACCAGCCUUGUCUAGAAAGGGAAUUGAAUUCUGAACCUUCAGAGGGGGUUAAAAGCCUUUCAGAGUUUUUCUUUGGCUGCUGAAGUCUUUACUUGUGGCUACAUUGCCUUAUGAGUUUUGUGCAUUGAGCUCUUAAUUCUGUUACCAAAUGUGAACUUAUAAAAUGUUUCGUGUUUCCCAUGUGACCUGGUACCUCAAGCUUCUUGGGGGGCGCAUUGUCUGUAGCCCUUAAACUGGGCUCUGUGCUUCACAAGGGAAUGUUUCAUGUCCUUGUUUAGAAAAAAUUCUGGUGGCCAAAUCCUGAGUCUGUGUGUUCUUGGGUGUCACUCAGUUUUGAUUCCAAAGGGGAGUUGUAAGAAGACCAAUAGGGUGUGGCACAAGACUCUCACUUAAUUGCACAAUUAAAACUUUGCUGCUAGAAGAGGCAACUCCAUCCUUUUGACUCUAGUGUUGGACUGUUACCUGCGGCAUUUCACUUUGUUUCUUGUUUGUUAAUUUUUGUAGGAGGAUAUGCACUGUUGGGUCAUAUGCACAGACGUUGUAACUCUUGAGAUCUUUACCACAUCACAGUUAAUAAACUUCUUUGCACUUUCUGGCUA